AUGUUUGAUUGGAUCGCUGGGUUGGGCAGAAUCCUUCACCGACUGCACGAGUCCGACUUGCGCAUUGCGCAGGACCCUAGCUUGUGCCUUGUCCCGCGGGACACCACCUGGGAGCAGUUUUGCGAGUUCAAGUCGAGCCUAGCCGGCAUCCCAGACCGGGAUGUCUCCUUGCGUUAUGUAAACGGUGAGAUUCAUUUGAUGCGGCUAAAUUUCUAUGGCCCAAUUGUCCUCGGCAAGUCGGACUUCCAGAGAGCCGAGUACCAGUAUAGGACCUACUUCGUGCGUUUCUAUGGGCCAAUCUUGUUUGUGAUCGGUUUGUUUUCCAUGGUUCUGAGCGGAUUACAAGUCGUCGUCUCUGUGGGAGUGGACCCUGGCACCACUUGGCCGAUGGAUGCGGCGGUCUGGAUCAGCGUCACGGCAAUUGUGGCCUCGUUCAGCCCUCUCUUCGUACUAGGAUUGCUGCUGGUAUAUAAGGUAGCGAAGGAGUGGAAGUUUGCAAUCCGCGACCGAGUGCGGUUGUUGGAGGAGAAACAAGCGACAGAAUAG